AAGAAGAAGAAGAAUCAACUACACCGUGUUUGGUUGCAGUGAUUUGAGCUUGGAAACUUUCUGCAAUCGAUUCAAAGUCGUCAUUCUAUCAUGGUGGUUUUGCGAGUAUAGAGACAAUCCCAUCUUCGACCCGAGAACGAACGAACGAACAUGGGAUAUGGCUUUCUGCUUCUGCUCAUCCUCUUCCAUCCCUUCCUUCCUCACUCCUCCGGUAAACCCAGUGGAGUGUGUGUCUCUCAAGGUGGUCGUUUUGCUCCCUUCAAAUCAGAGGGUAGCCCUCCCAAAAAGGGUCCCAAAGAUUUGACCCUUUGCCGGGUUUUUCGCAAAAGGACUUGCUGUGACCUAGCCCAUACACAUCCUGCUCUGCUCUCUGUAAGGAAGCUUGCUUCUACAGGAGAAGCUAGCCAAGAGUGCUUGCAUUUAUGGGAACUGUUGGAAUGUUCCAUAUGUGAUCCACAUAUUGGUACUCGGCCUGGACCUCCUCUGGUUUGUGCAUCUUUAUGUGAGAGAAUUUUUGAGGCAUGCUCAAAUGCAUACUUCUCUAUGGAUGUUAAAACACAGCUUCUAGCACCUUGUGGAGUAAAUGACUUUGUAUGUGGUAGGGCUGCUGAAUGGGCCUCCAAUGGUACAGAUCUUUGUGCUGCUGCAGGUUUUCGAGUGAAACCAUCUGAUAUUGUACAUAUUCCCUCAGAAGAAACAUACUGCUAUGGUGAUAAAGCAAGUCUAGGUUCAGUAUCUGAUUCCUGGAAGGCUUCGCAGUCUGAGUUGACCUGGAAAGGUGAGAACCUGAGGAAGUUUGACGAUUUCCAACUAUGGUUCAUGGAUAUGCCAUUAAGCGAAAGAGUUUUGUGGGCUAUUGGAGGGAUGGUUCUAACAGCAGGCUUGGUGUUCAUAAGCAAAAGGAAAAGCCACAACCAACGCCAGAAACUAGCAGCUAUAAAGCGCGCUGCGAGGAAGCUGGAAGGCAGGAUGCCAGGCAUGAUGGCGGAACAACGGCUUUCUAAUGCUCUAGAAAAUAGGAAAAGAGUUUCCAGAUGAGUGUUCCCUUGUAUGUGUAAUUGUGAACAUAAUUAAUUUUUUCUAAUUUGUAAGUGAAACUCGAGUUUCAUAUUACAAUAAUCUUAGUGAAGUCUUGUUUUUUGCUGUCUA